AUGAACUGGGGUUUCCUGGAGAACGUCCUCAGUGGGGUCAACAAAUACUCCACUGUGAUUGGUCGGAUCUGGCUCUCCGUGGUCUUCCUCUUCAGGAUCCUGGUGUACGUGGCGGCAGCUGAGCAGGUGUGGAAGGACGAGCAGAAGGAUUUCAUUUGUAACACUCGUCAGCCCGGAUGUGAGAACGCCUGCUUCGACAGCUUCUUCCCCAUCUCUCAGAUUCGUCUGUGGGCGCUGCAGCUCAUCAUGGUGUCCACGCCGUCCCUGCUGGUGGCGCUGCACGUGGCCUACAGGGAGUACCGCGAGGCCAAAUACAAGAAGAAACUGUACAAAGACAAGGGGAGCAUCGAUGGAGGGCUGUUCUGCACCUACACCAUCAGCCUGGUCUUUAAGACGGCCUUCGAAGUGGGAUCUCUACUCGCCUUCUACUUCCUGUACAACGGCUUUGAGGUUCCCAUCAUGCUCCAGUGCACUGAGAGUCCCUGCCCCAACACAGUGGACUGCUUCAUCGCCAAAGCCACAGAGAAGAAGAUCUUCCUCUACAUCAUGGGAACCACGUCCAUCCUGUGCAUCGCUCUGAACAUCGUGGAGCUUCUGUACAUCGCGUGGAAGCAGGUGUGGAAAUUUUUCACCAGGAGAUACGUCCCGGUGGAGGAGAAGGCAUCCCGUCACAGUCGACCAUCUGUUUCUAUCGUCAACAAGUUUGUGCCUGCUGAUCCCACUGUAAACACAGAGGACAGCCUCAUACAACAGACACAUACAGCAGAGAACCAGUCAGUCCAGUCCUAAAGGGAUCAUGUUCCCACAUCAGAGUGAAAAAAACAAACACAGAGAGCUUUGAUUGGCUGGAAAAACAACAUGGAGGACACUCAACUGUCUGUAUUUACAACCAAACAUGUCCAUUGCACUUUGGGACUAAAGCAAAAUGACGUGUUGUAUCUUACAAUGGCAAAGUUGUCAAUGUUUCC